GUGUGUGUGUGUGUGUGUGUGUGUGUGUGUGUGUCUAGAUUCUAAAAUCUACCAGUCACUCACAAUUUUUACCAGUCACCAUUUUUAUCAGUUCAUAUUCAACCGUUCCAAACAUUGUAAUGCCAAGUAAGAUCAUUUUCUGAUCAAUACUUUUGUUUCAGAGGUCAUAAAUUCAGUUAUUGUGAUGCCAAUUCGCUCUUUGCACAUAAUGUCAUGACGACGCUUCCGCGUUUGGUAAAGCGGUUGCCCGGCUUCCGGUUUAUGGAACCAUAGCUACAAGACGCCGGGAGAUUUGACCAAAUAGGUGACAUGAGUCUUAAAAAGGACCGCUUUCAUCUAAGCAAGCAACAGAAACAAUAUCAUGAACACUGUUGUGUGCCGAUGUGUUCGGCAUCAUCGACAUAUAAUGGCGUAUUGAGCUUUCACGCGUUUCCAAGCGAUUUAGAGAUAAGGAAGAGAUGGCUCGUCAACAUCCGACGCGAAAAGUUUGUCCCCACACCCCACACGAAGGUAUGCAGCCUGCAUUUCUUAAAAGAGCAAACAAUAUCGCCUAAAACAGAGUCAGGAAAGAGGAGAUUACAGAGAGGAGCUGUCCCGGUACUGUUCCAGUGGAACAAUUAUACAAAGCCACCACCGAGGGUGAGUGUUUGGGAGAGGGUGCAGCCGGUAAACACGGCAGAGCCAACAGCUGACGAUCAAGCGAUGGAGUGCGCACACACACCACCUGGUGAUGACCACGAUUACCCCAAAGCACCAGAGGCAGCAUUCCUGGACAUGGCCCUCGACAGGAUCAAGGAAUUGGAAGAGACCAACGAAGCCCUAGUAAAACAAUUAAUGGAAUUGAAAAUUUGUAAUACAUUUGCCCUGGAAAGAUUCAUCCAGUCCGAGGCCAGCAUCCGACUCUACACAAGAUUUCCAAAUUAUCGUCAAUUCAUGCUUUUUUGGGAAAUGAUCGAACCAGCUGUGCACAAGAUGGUUCGUGCAUCCAGGGCCAAAGCUGCUGAGAGGAGGAAUGAAGAAGUGACAUCUGUCCGUCCUGCCCACAUGAGACAGGCAUUGCAACCCAUUGAAGAGCUCUUCCUUUUCCUGAUGUACCUGUCCGCUGGUUACACUGAGCUGGACUUGGCGAACAGAUUCAACAUCUCCACCUCCACCGUAAGUCGCAUUAUCUGUUCCUGGACCAACUUUCUGUACACCCUCCUGGGCUCAGCGUCCAUCUGGAUGGAGGCUGAGGAUGUGAAAGCUUACCUUCCUGAUGACUUCAAGGAGUUUUCAGACACUCAGAUAAUAGCGGACUGUACAGAGCUAAAAUGCCAAACUCCAUCCUCCCCGGUCAUUCAAAGUGAGAUGUACUCAACCUACAAAUCUCACUGCACAAUGAAAGCCCUUAUUGGGAUAGCCCCCCAUGGCCCUAUCACCUUCAUCUCUUCACUCUACGAGGGCUCAAUAAGUGAUAAAGAGGUCUUUAGGAAGUCAGGGUUAAGUGACCUCCUGACAGAGGAUGUGGCCAUUAUGGUUGAUAAAGGAUUUCUUAUUAACGACUUGGUGAAAUGCAAGGUGUACUGUCCGCCUUUUCUCAAAAGGUCUUCCCAGAUGUCAGCACCCAGUGUUCUUAAAACACAGAAAAUAGCCAGUCUCAGAGUGCAAGUUGAGCGUGUUAUCAGACGGAUCAAAGAGAAUACGAUUUUUGAGACUGUUGUACCUUUAUCCAUUGUAGGCAGCAUAAAUGAAAUGUUUGCAGUGGCUUGCCUGCUUAGCAACUAUCAGAACAAAGACCUGGUCAAGAGAUGGGCUAAGUAAUGCUGACAGUUGUUUCCUAUAUAAUUAGAGAAAAAUCAACAGCCUAUAUAUAAUAUAUAUAUU